GGUAAUAUGGUAUUGUGGAUCGAGUAGCGUACAGAGAAGAGAUGCGAUGGAGUUCCCACUCACCAUCACGAUGAUCAAGUGGAUCAAGCGCCAGCACCCCCCUUACAAGGUCAACGCUUCGUGAAUUCGCCCACAAAUUUGCCGGCAGUCAUACUACAAUGUUACCAUGCACGCCCAUCCGUCACCCACCCAGCGCUGACCUACACUACGUACAAAAGAACGUCAGUCUCUUCCGGACCUUCCUACUCUCCGAGUCUCCCCUCGUUUACCAUGCUCAAGUACAUGCACAAACUCCAGCUCGUUAUAUCAAUCCUUGGAUUUCUCAAAUCCCGAUCUAUACAUACGAUUGCGUGUGUCUCUUCUCCAUCCAUUCCUUCUCAUCCUUUCCCAGUCAUGACCCUCGUCACAAACAUCCUCGACGCAGCCCUUCAAACCGGCCUUCAAGAACGUUUCCAUUCCUAUAUCCUCUAUCAUCCUAGACAUCCGCUUCGUCCAGUGCGGAGACUAUCUCCUCAAUGUCCAAGGCAGUUGUCAGGUCGUCGACUUUAUCGCAUACGGCGAUUACAACGUCAUCGUCACCCUCUUUGCUGGCCUCCUCGACCUAGGGCUAAUAUUACACACCCUCGUUUUCCUUUAUGCCUUCGCUCACUCUGCUCGGUCGUCCUGCCUGAUUCACCCGCCAACGUUGGCACUGCCAAUCCCGCCUCCAGAAAGUAGCGCAUCAUGUUUUCGUUUUUAGAAGCAGUAUUACAGGCAGUGUGUAUAGGUAAUGUUGCGAGGGUAUGAGUGGUGGGU